AGAUUAUUCUAGUUCUAGGAGAGGGGAUUGAAAUUGAUGUCCAAUGUCUCGUCUUGUCAAUGGUCCCAUCAUUUCCGAACAACUUCUGGCGUCGCACGUGUUAAUGCCUCAAACCGAAACCAACCUACGAACCCAAUUUUGAAGAAGAAGAAAAACAAAACCCCAAAUCGACACCCUCAAUUGCCUGCCUCAAACCCAAUUUCAAUUCGAACACACACACCUCACAGACAAACUCAACCUCCAAGCUGCAUAACAACAAACCUCAAUUGCUAGGGUUUCUUCUGUUUGAUUCAUUCACCUCACAAGCACGUGUUGGUGCUGUACUUUUCCCUAAAAUCCCAAUAAAUUUCUUAAUGGAAGAAAAAAAAGCUCUGGCACGCCAAAAGGACAGCCUUGACACUUUGAGAAGGGCUAUGUGAAGCAUUAUGACUCUUGAAGAUUUCUUUACCUUGACUGAGAUGAAAGAUGGGCUCACAGCCCCUUCUCGAGUCGAGGAGUUGAUCUCUGCAAUGCAAAGGGAGCAAGAUUCUGUUGUUAAGAAUGCUGGUGAUGCAACAAGGCAGUGGGCAUCUGUUGCUAGCACUAUUGCUGCUACAGAGAACAAAGAUUGUCUUGAUCUUUUUAUUCAAUUAGAUGGACUUCGGUUUAUCAAUAGAUGGUUAAAUGAUGCUCAAAAUGUUGGUUUCAGUGCAAACGAUGGCACCAUUGAAGAGUCAAUUACCGCAAUGUUACGAGCAGUUGAAAAGCUGUAUAUAGACAGAGAGAAGUCAAUUUCAUCAGGAAUCUGGGCAACUGUAAGUAACCUUCUUGGUCAUCAGAGCUCUAAGGUUCAGGAUAGAGCAAGAGUAUUAUAUGACAACUGGAAAGGAGGUGGAAAUGGAGAUGCUGAAUCUCAACAUUCAGAUAUUGGUAGAAUGAACGUGAGUGAUAAGGUUGUUAGGGAGGAGUGCCACUUGUCUUCUGUGAAAGAAGCUGGCAAUGAUGAUGAUCAUGCCUCACGAGUUGUUGGAGGUGAGGAGUCUCUAUUGAGAAGCUCAGACAGUCAGUUACCAGAAAAGAUUGCUAAUGUGCAGAUACAUAAUUCUGACAACGCAUUCCAGUCCUCUCUAAGUUUGGAUUGUGAAGAUACCAAAGAGAAAUCAAACCAACUUGCUAUUGUUUUGGUUCCUACUCAAGAAAUUACUCCCGUAGGUGAAGCUGGGAUGACAUCAUCUGAGACCCAUAACUUACCUGCUCCAAAGCAAGGCAGUUUCAAAGGACAACCAGAUGAUUUACAGUUAGGUGAUUUAUCCAAAAAGGAGAUGGAAGAUCAAAAUGCUAAUUGUCCUCCAGAAAAAUUAAGGGCACCUCAUAUCUCUUUAGCUCUAAUACAGCCUGAUCCUGGACCUGUUUCUAUUGGUGCUAGUGAAGCAUCAAUUAAGCCGGAAUCUGAUUUAGAACAUAACAUUAAAAGCAAUGAGGAUGGUGUUUGUCAUAAAAUAAUUGUUUCUGAUAGCGUGGGAAUAACUGCAUCUGAUAGAAUGAGUGAGGUGGGUGAUGCCAAAGCUUUAAAUUCUAGCAAUCCGCAACCAGACAAAGCUACAGAAAACAAUGAUGGGUGUUGUUCUAAUACAAUGCAGGACUUGUCAAUCAGUGGCAUUAAGUUGGAAAAGCCCGAGGAUUUACAGAUGUCUUUCCUCGAAACAGAAGAUGGCAGAGAAGUAAAGGAAGAAGGCAAGGGCCAUGUUUCUAAUAAUGACAAUGGCACCUCAAAUGGUUCUGAAUCUUUUAAACAAGGAAAAGGUCCUAGAAGCCCCAAGAUUAUUGACAAGAAUUCUGACAUAGAACUUGAUUGUGGUAUUGUUGAUGCUCUAGAAGUUGCUCGACAAGUUGCUCAGGAAGUUGAGAGAGAUGUCAAAGCAGUAAAGGAGGACAGCCAUGUCUCUACUCAAGGUGACGAUACCUCAAAUGGUUCUGAUUCUUUUAAACAGGGGGAAGGUCCCAAAAGCCCUGGCGUUGUUGACAAGAAUUCUGACAUGGAACUUGAGUAUGGUAUUGUUGAUGCUUUAGAAGUUGCUCGACAAGUUGCUGAAGAAGUUGAGAGAGAAAUCCAGAACUCUUCUUCAGAGAAAAUCUCAGAAGGCGGGAACAGGCAAGCUGGCAGUUCAGAUUCUGUAGGGAAAAAUGAUGAACUUGCUCGUGUCCUACCUGAGGAGGUAUCAUCCAGGCAAAGCAACCCUGCUGAGGCAUGUUCUGAAGAGGAAGGGCAUAUGAGUGUUUUAGGUGAUAUUGAGGCUGAGCCAGAAGGCCCAGAAUGCCUCCCUGACUUGGAGUCCUCGCAGGUGACUGAAGCAGCUCGAGAUCCAGGAGGUAAUUCAGAAAAAAGCCUCUGUACCUUUGAUCUCAAUGAAGAAGUUGGUUCUGAUGACGUGGGUGUUUCUUCUAAUGCAAUGUCUACCACGCCAAUACCUAUUGUCUCUGCUUCAAGGACUGCACAAACUUCUGGGUUGCCAACAGCCCCUUUAAAGUUUGAUGGAACACUUCAAUGGAAAGGAUCGGCUGCCACCAGUGCCUUUCGUCCUGCAUCACCUCAUGAAAAUACGGAAAGUGAAAAGAAUGUUUCUGUUGGUGGCAACUCUGAUAUUUCCAAGCAGAGGCAGGAUUGCCUUGAUAUUGAUCUAAAUGUGGCUGAGGGUGAAGAAGAAUUUGUAAAACAAAUUGGUGAAUCGCCAGGCCUUCCUUCUGGGCAAUCAUCAGUGGAACUUAGUCCUAAAAGAUCAAGGAGGUUCGAGUUGGAUCUAAACAGUGUUGGUGAUGAUGGUGAUACCCAACCUUCGGAUCAGAGGAUGGAGGGGCAACUCUUAUCAGGAAGAAAUGGCUAUUGGAGCCCAUCACCUGCAUCGUCAUCAUCGUCGAUGCAGCCUUCAGUUCGAAACAUUGAUUUGAAUGACAAACCGCUUUUUCAAACCGAUUUAGUGGACAAAGCGCGGCCUACAAAGUCGUCUUCAAAUGUUGAAACGUAUGGACUUUCUAAAUCAGAUGCUCCUGUGAUCUCAAUUUUAGGUGCCAAGGUGGAAGUGGGUAGAAAAGAAUUUGUUCCUCAAAUUUGGUCUAUACCAAAUGGCAAGGCUAUUAUUGAGCCUGCAAUGGAUCUCACAAUGUCUGGAGCAGGUGGUGUUUUAGGGCUGACCCCCACAGUACCCUACAAUAAUCAUUCAACUGUUUUUGGAUAUAAUCAACUGACAUCAGCAUCCCCCUUGUCUCUUUCAUCAGCAAAGUAUGGAUCAGGUGGCACAAUUCCAUACAUGGUUGACUCAAGAGGAGCUCCAAUUGUGCCUCAAGUUGGUGCUGGUGUUGGACCUUCAUCUUACACUCAGCCUCCAUUUAUUAUGAGCAUGACAGGGACACAACUUGGUUUAAAUGGUGUUGGACCUUCACGUCCCAACUUUGAUCUUAACUCUGGCUUGUUGAUUGAUGGUGGGAAUAGAGAUGCUUUGGCUACAAGGCCAUUUUUCUUUCCUGCUCAGGGCAGAGCUAUGGAGGAGCAGCAUGUAAGGACCCUUCCACAAUCCUCAAGUUCUUCAGGGGUUGGUGGGAAAAGAAAAGAACCAGACAGUAGCUGGGAAACCUAUCCAUUUAGCUACAAACAUCAGCAACCUCCGUGGAAGUAGCUCUAACAUGUGCUUUUGUCUCUUCUGAUCUGUUUAUAACACUACCUACCUACCUAUUGAUGCUUAGAUUAUUUACCUAAAAUAGUCCUGAAGAGUAGGACAAUCCAUUGGAAUCCGAAGAACCAGAACUAAUAAAAGGUGGAGGAUGAUGGAUGUAAUAUGAUUCAUUAGAUUGAUUGGCAUGGGGGGAAAUUUAGGAUUUUUUUUCUGCAGUUUUAUAGAAAGCCAGUACCAGCGCAGAAGGUUUGGUACAUGUAAUAUGAUUUGAUUUUGUUGCAAUGCCUCAGAAAUGGUAUAUUAUAUGAUUUUAUUA